GUUCGACCUUUCCUGCUCUGGAGUUGUUCAAUUGGUCUCGCAAUCGUUGACUACUGCUCUCACGGUCAGAUAGAUACCUUCUGACUAAUUAAUUUUGUAAAACGCGCCGUACUGUAUGUUUCGGCCUGCAUUGUUCUCUCGCUGCCUUCGUCCUGCUGCACUCCGGUACAGAUACUACUCCCGAACCGCAAGGAUGUCGUUGAAGGCCAUCUCGUCGAAAGAUGCUGCGUCGCUUGACAAGGACCUUAUGGACGCGGACAUCGGCGGUUGGUCCUUGGACCAGCUGAUGGAGCUGGCGGGGCUGUCUGUUUCGCAGGCUGUCUAUCGAGUCCAUCCUCCUAGCGCGGGAAAGAAUGUCCUUGUUGUUUGUGGGCCGGGUAACAACGGAGGUGACGGCCUCGUGGCAGCUCGCCAUCUAGCCCAAUACGGCUACACCCCAUCCAUCUACUAUCCCAAGGAGGGCAAGAAUCCCCUCUACCAGCGCCUCAAAACCCAACUCCACAACCUCUCCGUCCCCUUCAUCACAGACCUCCCCCCCGCAAUCCGCACCUCCGACUUUCUCGUAGACGCCAUCUUCGGCUUCUCCUUUGGUGGACCCCUGCGCGACCCCUUCCCAACCAUCAUCUCGCAGAUCGAAACCGCCUCCAUCCCUGUUUUGAGCGUCGACGCCCCCAGCUCCUGGGACGUCGAGUCCGGGCCGCCCGAGUCCGGCCCCGGCUCGAAGUUCAUGCCUGAUGCUCUGAUCAGUCUCACGGCUCCUAAGCCCUGCGUGUGCUUUUACCGGGGUCGCCAUUUUCUGGGUGGGCGCUUUUUGACUGAUGCUGUGGCGCGGAAAUAUGGGUUGGAUGUCCCUGCUUAUCCGGGGGUUGAUCAGGUUGUUGAGAUGCCUGUUGAUGCUGAUGGGGGGAGGCUAUAGCGGUUGAUGUUUAUUCUCUAUUUAUGUCCAUAUUAAUAUCUAGUUAAAUCUAUACUUAUAUCUAUCGCUUGUCUUAUUUUGGA